AUGCUCGGGGGCCGUCCCGAAGCCGAUUCCCUGCGAAGCGGCGUCGGCUGGGACGGCAACCCCUUCGAAUAUAGUUUCGAGCUGAAAAGCUCCAGUAACACGCAAACUGUUCGGUUCGUCGUCGAUGUCAGUCCCCUGCGGCCGGCCGACGACGCCAACCCGCUCGGCAUCAAGAACUUUGAAACCGUUCGCGACGCGCUGGCAAAGAGCACGCCUGGGUUCGACGACACUUGGUAUCGAUCGCUGCGCCAGUGGUUCGUGCACACGCAUCGCUCGACAGCCGAGCAGAAGCGUCUAGUGGCGCAAGUAGGAUACCAGAUGCCCAUGAUCCUGGCAUUUGAUAUCCGUCGUCGUCUACCGGCGCCCGAUGCCAUCCCCGUGAUGGCCAAGAUGUACUUCCCGCCUUGUUUCACUGCGGCUGCGGAGGGCAUCACGCGGUGGGAAGCCGUGCGCCGGGGCGUGCUCCAACUGCCCAAUAUCGAGUCUCAGCCGAAUAUCCUCCGCUCGCUCGAUCUGAUCCAGGAGUACCUCGACACGAAGCCCAAGGAGUACGAAAACGGGCCCCGCUAUCUGGCGACCGACUUUGUGACGACCGAGAAGGCGCGGCUGAAGAUCUACAUGCGGCCGGCUCGCAAGAUCCUCGCCAUGCAGAGAGAUGCCAUGACGCCGGGGUACAGCACGUUGUUGAUCCACGACCAUAUCGCGCCCCGUGCGCUGGCGCACCCGCAUACCACCGCGUACGAACUGACCAUGAUGGUCAUGGUGGCCGGGACGGAGCGGACGGAGGCGCAUUGGGAGGAGUUGCUACAGUCGGAGGGAUACAAAGUGGUCAAGAUUUGGAGGUCUCCACUGGCGGUGCAGGGGAUUAUCGAAGCGGAAUUAGCUUAA